GCUUGUUUUGGAGGGAGGGAUUAACAGUUACAUGAUGGAAUGUUGGACACUUGGCCCUGUCUUCCAAAUUUCCAAAUUGGUCUAUCUUUCUGUUGACUGUUCUGUUGGCUUUCCAGCUAAGCUCUCCUUUCCUUUUCUUUUCUUUUUGUUCUUUCUAAAUUCUCUCAUUACAUUUCUUCCUUGUUUCACCACUGUUAAUGGAUGUGAAACCCCGAAAGAGGGCAUCAUUGUAAUUUCAGGAUCCUCCUUCCAUAGACAAAAUUGCUUUCUUCCUGUUCCUAUACAUUAUAAAAGGGGAAAUGAAAUCCAUUCCACCAUCAUAACCCUGCUGCCUGAAACAGGGGAAAUCAAGGUUUGUUUGAGAGCAACCCAUUUCUUCUUCUGCAGUUGGAAACUGGAAUCCAACAUCAUAAGCUUUAAAAACUCUCAUUCCUUCUGGGUUUCACUUGGUUUUGUUGGGGAAAAAAUCAACCUUGAAGCUCAGAAUUGAUAUUACAGUUUAGCUUAAAUUCUUUGAAGGGAUGCAAUAAGUACUUAUUUUUCUUAUCUGACUCUGUUGUAUGAUUUUGAAAACUGGCUCCUUUUUUAUCAUUAUGGUUUUUAUCUCCUUCAGAUGAGUGUCAACUAAAUUUACAUUUUGGUUUUGAAAUUCUCUUCCUGGGUACUUGGGAUAAAAAAAAAAAAAACCAAUAGUUGAAGUCAUACUUUGACACAUAGUAUGAGAUUGGAACUGUGAAACGAGCUAGUUGCAGGGCAACAAUGGUAAGUUGUUAGUCUAUCUCCAUCAGGCAGAAUUUUUGAUGAGGCUUUUGUUUUGCAAGAUUCAUUGUCCUCCCUUCAUUUGCUUUUGUAAACCUUCCCCUCAUAUAUACACUCCUGGACCACUGAAAUUAGAGGAUAUCCCACAUCCACCCUUGCCUUCAAAACUUGUGUCAGUUCCUGAAACAUCUGAUCAGUUAUCUGAUGACACCAAUGAGAUCAAGGAGGAGAACUUAGAUGGGAUUCCAAAACCAGCUGAGCCUUGUCUCAAAAGUAGUCUCAGAAAGCGCAUUUCGGACUCCAGUGCUCCAAAACAGGAGCUCAAGAAGAGAGUACAAUGGAUGGACUUUUUCGGGAAAGAACUUAUUGAGAUCAGGGAAUUUGAAUGCAGAGAGAUUGAAUUACAUCAGAUAACAGCCCCGCAGCAGGAUCUGAAAAGAGAAAAGGAAACUUUUAUGAACUAGAAGAUACUGACAAUGAAGACGACAACAAAAGAGGCUGCAUUUGUGUUAUUUUAUGACCCUCUUAAUCAGCUUCCACUCUGCAAAUUCCUAAAGCAACUACAUGAACUACAAGAGAAAGAAGGAGAAACAUAUAUCCAUCCAAUGAAUCUAAAAUUUGAACAGAGCCACAGUGAUUGAAAUUCAGUUUUAGUCAAUUUCGCCUUACCAGCUCUCACAAGAGACUGUUUUAUGAGAAUUCAAUAGAGUCGAUAGUCACUCUUGCUUUAGAAGAAUGUUAAGCUAUGUAUUUUCUCUUACACAACAACAUUGUGUUCCUCUGGUUAUGAAAUUUCACACAUGUUCUGAAACUUUAUCAAGUUGUUGUUUUGUCAUUUAGAUGCUUAAUGUUACGGCAGAGUCAUGCUCUAAAAUGGUCAAGAUGCACAUAAAAUCUGUGAACUUUAAACUCAUAUCACAUGAGGAAAUGUACAGCUAGAGGGUGUAAUGACAGCCUUUUUUUUUUUGUGAUUCUAA